CAAGUUCGCUUGUGUCUGGUGGGAGGUCAUGAAGCUUACUAGCUAGCUAACGUUAGACGUUUUAGUUGUGAUAUAACCAGACGUACCUAUUAAACCACAAAAUGUGAAUACGCAAUAGUGAAUAAGUGUACCUUCAUAUAUAUAAUAUAUAUAUAUAUAUAUAUAACUAGUAUGGCAAUCUAGCCAGCAUUUCAACGUUCACUUCCCCCUUUGAAGAGUUGUUACUGCUAACGUAAGCUUGCGAGCUAGCUAACGUUAGCGCGCUAGCUUUCGUUGACAUUUUUCGAAAUGGGACGAGGUGGUGGUCGGAAGCGUGGAAAAGGCAAUGGACCUCCUCCAUUUGACAUGGGUCCAGGUUGGUGUGGGCCGCCUGGACCUUUUGGUCCUUUUCACGGUGGCCCAGGUCCACAUCCUAACUUUAUGGGAGAUCCAAUGAUGCACGGCCCCAUGCCACCUGAUUAUCACGGAUAUGAGCCAGGCUACGGGGCAAUUGGUCCAGGUGACCCCAUGGAUGGAUAUUCACCAAUGGGUCCAGGUGGCCCCAUUGAUGGAUAUGGGCCAAUGGGCCCAGGUUGCCCCAUGGAUGGAUGUUUCAAUGGGCCACCGAUGGAUGGACCAGGAUUCGGGUAUGGUCCAGGUAUGCCCGGACCAUAUGAUCCGAUGAUGGGCAAUGGACCCGGACCAAUGCUCCCAGGUAUUCCGCCCCCUGGUAUUCCGCCCCCAGGUAUGCCGCCCAUGGUGCCGCCUCCGGUGGACAACCCUGUCUUUCCUCCACCCUGGCAAAGCGAGGUAAUCUUAUCAAGACAACUUGUUGUGCCUAAUGCAUGUUGUAAAUUCUAAAUGUUGAACUUGUAAAAAACGUAUUUUGGUGUUAUAGUAACAUGACACGGUUAAAUGGCCACUCAAAAACAAUUAGUUUGUUCUUCAUGAAUGAAAAAAGUAAUCCCUAACAUCAAGUCUGCCACCUUUAGGCCAAUCCUUAUGCUGUUCCUCCGCCAUCGUGGGUAAGUGCCACUGUGUCUGUUCUGUCCUGUCAUCUCUAUGAUACAAUUUUAAUUAAAUGUAUGUGCUGCUGAGCCUCAACUUCUCACAGGCUCUGUUUCUCUUCCCGACAACAGCCCGUCCCGACAACAGCCCCCCCUCAUACUGAGACGACUGUAGUGCCUGAUGUGUGGGGACUCUGCCGGGGCUCCGAGGUCCCUCAGCCUGAUCCACCCCAGACUGAUGAACUGAAGACCAAAGACUCAAAGAAGGACAAAAAAGCAGCAGGGAAAAAGAGCUACAAUGACAAGUAAUGAUCAUUAUGUCAACAAUUUGGAUGUCAUCAUCAAUUUGUGAUUAGUGUUUGAUUGCAUACAUUAGAUAAGGUGUUUAGAAAGUUCCACUUAUACAUGACUCAUAUAUUUGUUCCUCUCAACAUUUAUAAAUCAUAGGCCUCCUCCACCUGGAAGAUCUAAGGGGGUCAUCUCAUUCAUUGGGGUAAGUCCAAAAGCUGAGAAUCCUGUUUGAAUGGAAGGUUCUUCAUCUCCACUAGUACACAUUGCAUUCUCAAAUGUUGCUCUCCCCUCCACAGCCAACUUAUGGCUACAUCGAAAGAGACGAUCUCAAGAAAUAUUCCUUCACUUUUGAUGCUUUUCUGGGAGUCCCCAAGAACAUGAUACCUGGGGUCAGGGUGCAUUUUACAGCCUACAAGGAGAAGGUGGGUCACUUUAGAAACUUUUCACUGGAUAUAGUUUAACAGACAUUUUCAGGAGUUUAUGAACCAUUGGUUUUCAUUGUAUUUUAAAUAAUGCCUUCUACUUUUUUUCCCCUCUUUGUAUUGUAAACCCAGGCUGGGGAGUGUGCCACUGAUGUGUCUGUACCUCCAGGGGGGACUGAGGAGAUUGACUCCACCAUUAUUGAAGGUCUUGUCUGCAAUGUUAUCCUGGAGCAGCAGGUGACCGAACUCUGUAGCACACAGGAAAAAAAAUAUGCACUCAUGACUUUAUUAAAGUUCUAAUCAGUGCCACAACUAGAUGGUCCUCUGUAGCUCAAUUGGUAGAGUAUGGCGCUUGUAACGCCAGAGUAGUGGGUUCGAUCCCCGGGACCACCCAUACGUAAAAAUGUAUGCACACAUGACUGUAACUCGCUUUGGAUAAAAGCGUCUGCUAAAUGGCAUAUUAUUAUAUUAUAUUAUUAUGUUUGUUGUUUAUUGUAAGUUAACUUGAUUAUAUGUUUGGCUUGUUAUGACUAAUAUUUGGCUUCUCAUUUAAAAAUGUCCUUGUUGGUAUUAACAGAAUUAUGUGCCCCCACACAGCCUGGUGCAAAGCCGAAACCUGGCCAAAUUGAGGCCAACAUCAACGGCAAGUCAAGAGCGCUGCUUUACUCUGAGAUGGACUGCACCAUCACUCUGUUGCAAGGGGACCAUGUGACGUUGAACUUGUUAACCGACAUAGUUACCCAAAAAAUUAGAGCCACUAAUAUUCGUCCACGGACACCACAGACUUUUAAGAUCACUGGCGAGAAGAGGGAGGUGGUGAGUCUAAAGUCUGAGUGGCGUACCUAUAUUCUUAAACCUUCAUUUUGGUUACAAAUUCUGACAAACUUUGGUCCUGGAGAGCUGCACGCCAUUUUAUCCAGCCCGGUAUGACCACACCUGAGUCAAAUAAUCAUCUAUUCAAGAUCCUCAGUUGAGACCACAAUUAUUUAAAGACAUGUUCCAGUAAUUUGGCGACUACUAAGUAUUUUCUAAACCUCCCGCAUUAGGCUGGAUGUGUCAAUGUGUAGUUCAUACAUUCAUAAUCUAUGAGUAGAAUUACUGUCUUACCUCAAUUAGCCACAAAAUCCCUAGUUUGAAAGCAACUGUUUUUCUGGAAGCUGUUAUGUUCCAUUUUCCCUACAUUUUCCCCCACGUGGGCCAGCCCCCUAGCAAUUUGAGUUCAACCAAUGAGCUUCAGCCCCUCGCCAUAUGAGUGACAGCUAGCAAGAUGCACAUGAUGCACCCACAGCAGCGUGAGAGCAAUGAUGUGGUGCACAUAUGUCACAUAGUAGGCCAGUUUCGGGGACCACUUUUGGCUCAAGCGCUAUUUUCAGAACUACUGGCUAAAAAGUACCAAAGAAUCCCUUUAAAUCAAGUAUGUUGGAGCUGAGCUGGAACAAAAUACUGCACACAUGGCGGCUCUCUAGGACCAGAGUUGGCCAUCCCUUCUGUAGCUAGCUGUUGAUAUAUUUUUUGUACUCUCCACCAGGGUGUUAUAAAGAGCUUAAAGGGUGGCUCUGGUACCAUCAUGGCAGCGAACCAGAACAACCUGCCCUUUGAAACCACAGAGAACAUGAGUCUAACUGAGUUCACCAUUAUGGAUGAGGUGGACUUUACAGUUGUCACAGUGAGUAUAGUGUCUUUCCCGUCCACAUAAUUCAGUGGCAAAUUGAGUUUGUUGACACUGAAUAAUGAUCAGUUUGUACCUGGGAGUGAUGUUAUGACCCUCUAUGUACAGGUUUUGAUCCUAAGUAUAGCAAUGUUGUUGAAAUUAUUUGUCGAUUGACUCAUAUUUGAUGUUAACAUAAUGUCAUUGUUUGUUUUCAUUAGAUCAAAGAUAAGGAGAAGGCCAUCAGAGUAAGGAAGCUGAAAGAGUGCUCGGUGACACUGGAAGAAACCAAGGAGAAGAUAGUUGAAGACCCUGCAGGAAAAGACAAGGUGGGGCACAGUUCAGUGCAAAAUUAUGAUAGGUGCCAACAGGUGGAAAAUCUCCUGUCAUUCAGAGUGGAGUACUCUCAUCUGUGACAUACCCAGUAAUGUCCUUAUUACUGUGUCUCUCCAGUGGAAGCCAGUGGCCCCAGUGGAGGAGGUGCUGCUCCAGAGGACUGUGGUGUUUGAGGACAUUAGCACUGCGCAGCAUGCAGGAACGGUCAUUAAGGCUGUCCUCAAAGUCUCUGAAAAGAAGCAGGUACAGGUGGUACUGAAAGAUUGAAAGUACAAAUCAAACAGUAUUGUUACAGUGGGGAGAACAAGUAUUUGAUACACUGCUGAUUUUGCAGGUUUUCCUACUUACAAAGCAUGUAGAGGUCUGUAAUUUUUAUCAUAGGAACACUUCAACUGUGAGAGACGGAAUCUAAAACAAAAAUCCAGAAAAUCACAUUGUAUGAUUUUUAAGUAAUUAAUUUGCAUUUUAUUGCAUGACAUAAGUAUUUGAUCACCUACCAACCAGUAAGAAUUCCGGCUCUCACAGACCUGUUAGUUUUUCUUUAAGAAGCCCUCCUGUUCUCCACUCGUUACCUGUAUUAACUGCACCUGUUUGAACUCGUUACCUGUAUAAAAGACACCUGUCCACACACUCAAUCAAACAGACUCCAAGCUUUCCACAAUGGCCAAGACCAGAGAGCUGUGUAAGGACAUCAGGGAUAAAAUUGUAGACCUGCACAAGGCUGGGAUGGGCUACAGGACAAUAGGCAAGCAGCUUGGUGAGGAGGCAACAACUGUUGGCACAAUUAUUAGAAAAUGGAAGAAGUUCAAGAUGACGGUCAAUCACCCUCGGUCUGGGGCUCCAUGCAAGAUCUCACCUCGUGGGGCAUCAAUGAUCAUGAGGAAGGUGAGGGAUCAGCCCAGAACUACACGACAGGACCUGGUCAAUGACCUGAAGAGAGCUGGGACCACAGUCUCAAAGAAAACCAUUAGUAACACACUACGCCAUCAUGGAUUAAAAUCCUGCAGCGCACGCAAGGUCCCCCUGCUCAAGCCAGCGCAUGUCCAGGCCUGUCUGAAGUUUGCCAAUGACCAUCUGGAUGAUCCAGAGGAGGAAUGGGAGAAGGUCAUGUGGUCUGAUGAGACAAAAAUAGAGCUUUUUGGUCUAAACUCCACUCGCCGUGUUUGGAGGAAGAAGAAGGAUGAGUACAACCCCAAGAACACCAUCCCAACUGUGAAGCAUGGAGGUGGAAACAUCAUUCUUUGGGGAUGCUUUUCUGCAAAGGGGACAGGACGACUGCACCGUAUUGAGGGGAGGAUGGAUGGGGCCAUGUAUCGCGAGAUCUUGGCCAACAACCUCCUUCCCUCAGUAAGAGCAUUGAAGAUGGGUCGUGGCUGGGUCUUCCAGCAUGACAACGACCCGAAACACACAGCCAGAGCAACUAAGGAGUGGCUCCGUAAGAAGCAUCUCAAGGUCCUGGAGUGGCCUAGCCAGUCUCCAGACCUGAACCCAAUAGAACAUCUUUGGAGGGAGCUGAAUGUCCGUAUUGCCCAGCGACAGCCCCGAAACCUGAAGGAUCUGGAGAAGGUCUGUAUGGAGGAGUGGGCCAAAAUCCCUGCUGCAGUGUGUGCAAACCUGGUCAAGACCUACAGGAAACGUAUGAUCUCUGUAAUUGCAAACAAAGGUUUCUGUACCAAAUAUUAAGUUCUGCUUUCUGUAUCAAAUACUUAUGUCAUACAAUAAAAUGCAAAUUAAUUACUUUAAAAUCAUACAAUGUGAUUUUCUGGAUUUUUGUUUUAGAUUCCGUCUCUCACAGUUGAAGUGUACCUAUGAUAAAAAUUACAGACCUCUACAUGCUUUGUAAGUAGGAAAACCUGCAAAAUCGGCAGUGUAUCAAAUACUUGUUCUCCCCACUAUAUGUGCUCUUGUUGAAAAAGUUUGGGCGGUCAAAUCAUGUAUUUUAGAAUGUGUUAUCUCCUUUUCCUUCCAGGAGCAGGGUCUUUUGGAGGCGUUCGUGGGUGGCACACAGAAGCAGCUAUCGUUUGGAGCAGCUGACAUUCUGACUGAAGCCACCAUGUUUAACGGAGACAAGGUUCAAUUUAACAUCUCCACCAACCGUGUGACCAAGGAGGAGCGUGCCAUCAACGUGGAGAUUCUCUCCGAGACGUUUGAGGAGUCAACAGAGCAACGCAGAACCGUAGGAUCACUUUUAGAAUGCAGUACAGGAUGCCGUUAAGUCUGAGGCUGGCUAGGUUUUUCCACUUGAAGUAUGACAACUUUACACACUGAAGAAGGAUGGGAUGUUUUAUGUAAUGGUAUUUUUAUUUAAAAAUGCCUUAAUGGAUUUGCACAGCAUGUCUAAGUGAAGUGUUUUCCCCUCUAGGGUGUGGUGGUGCAAGCUGAGGAGCUGUCUGGGACCAUUAAGUGCCAUCAGAGCCCCCAGCUGCUGUUCUUCCAUCUGACUGAGGUCAUGGAGGAGAAGAAACUGGACAUCUCAGAGAAGGUGGAGUUCAGUGAAAUUCCGGUGAGUCUCCCUGGUGCUGUGAUCCGAUUGGCACGGCGAAGUUAAAAUCAAUUGGUAUACAGUGCCUUCAGAAAGUAUUCACACCCCUUGACUUUGACUUUUUCCACAUUUUGUUUUGUUGCAGCCUGAAUUUAAAAUGUAUUAAAUUUAGAUAUUUUGUCACUGGCCUACACACAAUACCCCAUAAAGUCAAAGUCGAAUAAUGUUUUUAGAAAAUUUUACAAAGGAAUUAAAAAUGAGAAGCUGAAAUGUCUUGAGUCAAUAAGUAUUCAACCCCUUUGUUAUGGCAAGCCUAAAUAAGUUCAGGAGUAAAAAUGUGCUUAAAAAGUCACAUAAUAAGUUGCAAUAAUAGUGUUUAACAUGAUUUUUGAAUGACUACUUCAUCUCUGUACCCCACACAUACAAUUAUCUGUAAGGUCCUUCAGUCGAGCAGUGAAUUUCCAACACAGAUUCAACCACAAAGACCAGGGAUGUUUUCCAAUGCCUUGCAGAGAAGGGCACCUAUUGGUAGAUGGGUAAAAAUAAAGCAGACAUUGAAUAUCCCUUUGAGCAUGGUGAAGUUAUUAAUUACACUUUUGAUGGUGUAUUAAUACACCCAGUCACUAGAAAAGACUCAGUUGCCGGAUAGGAAGGAAACCGCUCAGGGAUUUCACCGUGAGGCCAAUGGUGACUUUAAAACAGUUAUAGAGUUUAAUGGCUGUGACAGGAGAACUGAGGAUGGAUCAACAACGUUGUCGAUACUCCACAAUACUAACCUAAUUGACUGAGCGAAAAGAUGGAAGCCUGUACAGAAUAAAAAAUAUUCUAAAACAUGCAUCUUGUUAGCAACAAGACACUGAAGUAAUACUGCAAAAAAUGGUGCAAACAAUUCACUUUUUGUCCUAAAUACAAAGUGUUAUGUUUGAGGCAAAUCCAAUACAACAUAUUACUGAGUACCACUCUCCAUAUUUUCAAGCAUAGUGGUGGCUGCAUCAUGUUAUGGGUAUGCUUGUAAUCGUUAAGGACUGGGGAGUUUUUCAGGAUUAAACCCUGGAAUAGAGCUAAGCACAGGCAAAACCUGGUUCAGUCUGCUUUCCACCAGACACUGGGAGGUGAAUUUACCUUUCAGCAGGACAAUUACCUAAAACACAAGGCCAAAUCUACACAAGACUUCCUUACCAAGACGACACUGAGUGUUCCUGAGUGGCUGAGUUGAUGUUUUGACUUAAAUCUGCUUGAAAAUCUAUGGCAAGACCUGAAAGUUGUUAUUUAGCAAUGAUCAACAACCAUUUUGAAAAGAAAAAUGGGCAAAUGUUGCACAAUCCAGGUGUGGAACGCUCUUAGAGACAUAGCCAGAAAGACUCACAGCUGUAAUCGCUGCCAAAGGUGAUUCUAACAUGUAUUGACUCAGGGGGUUGAAUACUUAUCUAAUCAAGAUACACUACAUGCUCGUCGAACAUCUCAUUUCAAAAUCAUGGGCAUUAAUAUGGAGUUGGUCCCCCCUUUGCUGCUAUAACAGCCUCCACUUUUCUGGGAAGGCUUUCCACUAGAUGUUGGAACAUUGCUGCGGGGACUUGCAUCCAUUCAGCCACAAGAGCAUUAGUGAGGUCGGGGCACUGAUGUUGGCCGAUUACGCCAGGCUCGCAGUCGGCGUUCCAAUUCAUCCCAAAGGUGUUUGAUGGGGUUGAGGUCAGGGCUCUUUGCAGGCCAGUCAAGUUCUUCCACACCGAUCUUGACAAAACAUUUCUGUAUGGACUUCGCUUUGUGCAUGGGGGUAUUGCCAUGCUGAAACAGGAAAGGGCCUUCGCCAAACUGUUGCCACAAAGCACAGAAUCGUCUAGAAUGUCAUUGUAUGCUGUAGCGUUCAGAUUUCCCUUCACUGGAACUAAGGGGCCUAGCCCAAACCAUGAAAAACAGCCCCAGACCAUUAUUCCUCCUCCACCAAACUUUACAGUUGGCACUAUGUAUUGGGGUAGGUAGCGUUCUCCUGGCAUCUGCCAAACCCAUAUUCGUCCGUCGGACUGCCAGAUGGUGAAACGUGACUCAUCACUCCAGAGAACGCGUUUCCACUGCUCCAGAGUCCAAAGGCGGCGAGCUUUACACCACUCCAGCCAACACUUGACAUUGCGCAUGGUGAUCUUAGGCUUGUGUGCGGCUGCUCGGCCAUGGAACCCCAUUUCAUGAAGCUCCGACGAACAGUUCUCGUGCUGACAUUGCUUCCAGAGGCAGUUUGGAACUCGGUAGUGAGUGUUGCAAUUGACAAUAGCAGCACUUACAGUUGACCAGGGCAGCUCUAGCAGGGAAGAAAUUUGAUGAACUGAAUUGUUGGAAAGGUGGCAUCUUAUGACGGUGCCACGUUGAAAGUUACUGAGCUCUUCAGUAAGGCCAUUCUACUGCCAAUGUUUGGCUAUGGAGAUUGCAUGGCUGUGUGCUCGAUUUUAUACACCUGUCAGCAACGGGUGUGGCAGAAAUAGCCGAAUCCACUAAUUUGAAGGGGUGUCCACAUACUUUUGUAUAUCUAAUGUAUAUUAGUGUUUUAUUUUUCAUUGAUCUUUUACAAAUGUUUGAAUUUUUCUCCCACUCUGACAUUAGAGUAUUUUGUGUAGAUCAAAAAAUAAAUAAAAAUACAAUUAAAUCCUUUUUAAUCUCACCUUGUAACACAACAAAAUGUGGAAAAAGUAAAGGGGUGAGAAUACUUUCUGAAGGCAUGGUAUAUGCAACUAGCUAUUUCAAAUCAAAUCAAUUUUUAUUUGUCACAUGCGCCCGAUUACAAAAGGUGUAGACCUUACCGUGAAAUGCUUACUUACAAGCCCUUAACCAACAAUGCAGUUCAAGAAAUUGACUAAAUAAACUAAAGUAAAAAAUAAAAUACAAAGUAACACAAUAAAAUAACAAUAACGAGGCUAUAUACAGGGGGUACCGGUACCGAGUCAAUGUGCAGGGGUACAGGUUAGUUUAGGUCAUUUGUACAUGUAGGUAGGGGUAAAGUGACAAUGCAUAGAUGAUAAACAGCGAAUAGCGGCAGUGUAAAAACAAAGGGGGGGGGGUCAAUGCAAAUAGUCUGGGUGGCCAUUUGAUUAAUUGUUCAGCAGUCUUAUGGCUAGGGGGUAGAAGCUGUUAAGGAGCCUUUUGGACCUAGACUUGGCGCUCCGGUACCGCUUGCCGUGCGGUAGCAGAGAGAACAGUCUAUGACUAGGGUGACUGGAGUCUUUGACAAUUUUUAGGUCCUUCCUCUGACAUCGCCUGGUAUAGAGGUCCUGGAUGUCAGGAAGCUUUGCCCCAGUGAUGUACUGGGCCGUACGCACUACCCUCUGUAGUGCCUUACGGUCGGAUGCCGAGCAGUUGCCAUACCAGGCGUUGAUGCAACCGGUUAGGAUGCUCUCGAUGGUGCAGCUGUAGAACUUUUAGAGGAUCUGGGGACCCAUGCCAAAUCUUUUCAGACUCCUGAGGGGGAAAAGGUGUGGUUGUGCCCUCUUCACCACUGUCUUGGUGUGUUUGGACCAUGAUAGUUUGUUGGUGAUGUGGACACCAAGGAACUUGAAACUCUCGACCUGCUCUACUACAGCCCCGUCGAUGUUAAUGGGGGCCUGUUCGGCCCUCCUUUUCCUGUAGUCCACGAUCAUCUCAUUUGUCUUGCUCACGUUGAGGGAGAGGUUGUUGUCCUGGCGCCACGCUAUUUAGAGAAACCAGUUCUUUCCAACUUUAGGAACACGCAGUUUCCUGAUUACAGUUCCAUAUAACCCACACUGCUGCUCUCAUAUGGAUCAAUUGAAUCACUGUCCUCUGAGUCUUGAUUCUUUUAGAAAGAAGGACAAAGAAGUUAAAGGCCCAGUGCAGUCAAAAUUCUGUUUCCCUGUGUUUUGUAUCAUAUUUGUACAACAGCUGAUUAAACUAACGUGUUAUUUGAAAAUACAAUCACCACAGGACCUUCUAAUCAGCAGGGUUUGCAAUGGUGAAGUUUUGGCUUGCCUGGUGACAUCACCAGGCGGUAUAAGUUAAUAGACAAUAACAAAGAGAGUUUGAAACCUCUAACAAUAACAGCUCGUCUUAAGGUUAUAUAUCUCUCCCAUUAGUCCCCUCCGCUCUGGUGGAUUGAUCCCCAUGCCACAGUCAUAACUGUGGUUAAUGCACCGCUUUGGUGCUCUUCCCUGCUCCCCUCAGACCAGACAGUCCUUGCUAAAUUCUUGCUUGAGAAAUGGUUAUUUUUGCUAAAAAGCUAUUUUUGUUGUUUUUAACAAUUUUAGCAGAAUUGGUACAGUAAGUUACAUAAUUGUUACCAAGAAUUGAUUAAUGUUGAGAUAAAAAGGGCUGCACUGGACCUUAAAAUGUUAUUAUUUUUGUUUUAUUAAUAUGUUUUUCUUUAACUCUUUCCAUUUUCUCCUAGCUUGAAACCGCUGAAGGAGGAAACCAAGCGAUUAGGAUCAAACGCCUUAUUGACAGUGUCUUCACCCCUGUGCCCAAGCUAGGGGGCAUGGCGGCAAAAGAAAAGGUUGGUUUAUGAUGGAACAAAGGCCAGUGACUUUAAUCAAUGGUGCUAGCGCUUGGGGAUGUCAUAUUCACUUAAGGGUUAGACGUGGCUGUCUGUAUGUUGUAUUAAACUGUCUAUUGCCUAUUAUUGUCUAUUACAGAAGAAGAUGACCAUCAAACUGAUGAGAGACCCAAAAUACCUCAUCAAGGGCACAGGUGUCAAAGGAGAGAACAAAGAUGAUGAUCACACGUGAGUUUGAUUGUAAUUAGUAGUAGUGUUGGUUCCAACAUGAAGUCAAGGUAAAGUAUCAUUGUGUGAUGAUUUUGGAUAUCAUUUGUUGGCACAGCCACAAGUACCCUAAAAUUUAAACAUUUAACCCCCUAGAGUCGAUGUCCGCGGCCCUGUGGAAAUAUAAUUAGCAUAAUAAAAAGAUCCUUAGCGAAAUCCGUCAGUUUAAGCUAGAGAUCAGUUUUUUGGCGUGGGCUGCAGCUCAAUCCACUGCAGCCGUUGAUGUCGCCCUUCCGCAUCUGCGGUGAAAGGUGGCAGAGCGAUGUUUGUCAGACCACGAGACAUCCCGAAAAUUGGACUUCUCACGAAAACGUCUGUAGCGUCCGAACAGUUUGGCCCGCAAACUAUUAUUACCCCUCUAUGGAAAGAUGAUUCUCACAAACACGAUGGUGUUCUCCGUUAUGCUCUACGACCCCCACAAGCGUCACGGGACUCGUCUGAAAUCAGUACAUCCGAUCUGCCAACUUCUGUCUGAACCGUUUGGGCUACACACUAAUAUGACCCCUCUGUGGAAAGGUGAGUCUCUCACGAACACUUAUGUCGGUUGUUUUUCUCUAGGAUGCUCACAAGACUAGUCUGAAGGUAGCCAGGUACAAGUAAAACAAAAUAAUGGAAGUAUAUAUGGAGUUAUUUUAGUGCCUAAAAUAAGGGGUUAAUCAGUGUUUCCCAAACUCGGUCCUGUGGACCCCAAGGGGUGCACGUUUUGGUUUUUGCCCUAGCACUGCACAGCUGAUUCAAAUAAUCAACUAAUCAUCAUGCUUUAAUUAUUUGAAUCAGCUGUGUAGUGCUAGUGCAAAAACCAAAACGUGCACCCCUUGGGUCCCAAAAUCAAAUAGCUAAAUUAUCCUUGGUAUGACCAUCUUUAAACAAUUCCAUAUGUUAGCUUAGUAGAACCACCCCCACCCGCAAAGUCAUUUCCCUCAUUCUUUUGUGCACCAGCAACGACAAACCUGCCUCGGGGGAGUCAGAUAAGAUGAAAGCGGUCGUAAAAACUCUACGGUCAAAAACUGCUGGCUCUGGAUCUGGUGCCAAGGACUCCAACAGCAGAUACGGGCGCAAUGGCAGGAGCCGAAGCAGGAGCCCCAGCCUAGACCAGUUUGGCCGGGUGAAGAAAAGGUGGAGCACGAGCAGGGAGCGCAGAGAGCGGGGUGGUAGCAGCAGGUACAGGAGCAGUCGCAGCAGGAGCCGGAGCAGGGAGAGGAGCAGCCGUGGGAGCAGGAGACGAAGCCACAGUCUGGAGAGAAAAUAUUCCAAACACAGGAGCAGCAGCAAAGAGAGGACUUCCUCCAAAAGGAGCCGCAGCAAGGAGCGAGAUGGAAGCAGUCAGAGGAGCUCCAAGAACGGUUCAAGCUCAGAAAGUAAACCUCCAGAUAGAAUAAACGAUGAGCUGGAAAAAAAGAAGAGAGAACUAGAGGAGCUCAAUGAGUUGAUAUACCGCAAGAGAGCCAUGGUUGCCUUGGAGCAACAUGGUGGAGUUCCCCAUUUCUUUCCAAAAGUGAAGCCUAUGGAGAAGACCUGCUUUGACUACAAUCAUGGAAUGCCAGAGCUUCCUACACAACCUAAACCACCCACUGACAUCAAACCCAAGUCCAUUCUGAAGAAGCGCUCAGACCAUGUCACAGGGCCACUUUUCCCAAUUCAGGUCAGUUGUCAUUUUUAAACUUCUCAAUCAUGUAGAUAAUCGUUUGUUCUCUCUCAAUAAUUUUUAAGAGCUGAUUACAUUCCAUGGGGUGCCAGUGCUUUUUAUAGUUAUCAUAUAUCGGUAAAAUAAACAUUCAAUCAUCAGCAUGAUGAGCAAUUUGUCAAAUCAAAUCAUUUGUAUGAAAUGGGGGGGAAAAAGUGCAACUAUUAAUUUUUUGUUUCUUCUCUGCAGACUGAACCCCCUAAAGCUCAACCUCUUGAUCAAAGGCUUGUGGAACAAUACGGUUAUGACGUUGAGACGCCCUAUAAACCACACUCUGCCCAACCACCCUACACCCAAACAUCCAGUCAGGAGUCCUGUUAUGAACGUUCACUUGCUGGGCAUCCUGUUCCCAACUUAUCUGCCAAGUAUGAUUCGUAUCAGCAGACUUCUAGACAGCACCCGUCGCAACCUUCUCCAGUUUGCCAAACACCUCUUGACCCUCAUUCUUCAAAUCGACCUCCCAUUCGAGAGUCUCAGGAAAAUAACCCGAACCUGAACACCCAGCUUGCCCGUUUCCUCAACACCCUCAACAAAGGUGUGGAUGCCGGUCUGCUGUCCACUUUGGUCAAGGAGUCUCGAGAGGAGAUUGCUGGUAUUCAGGAAUAUAGUUCAAUACCUCAAAAGCGUUAUUGCGAGUCGCAUGACCGUGGGGAUGGAGAUCAGUACAGGGAUGAGCCCUGUACAGAGGAGGAGCCAGAGUGCCCACGCAGGGGCUUUGUCAGGGAGCAAGUGAAGACCUCAGACGACUAUAACGACCCCAGAAACGAAGACUGGCUGCUGCCUCACGAGAGAGCAAUCCAGGAUGUUGGUGGCUUUCUCGGAAUUAUGUCCCACAGCCAGCUAUUGAGAGAACCUGAACGUGUGGAAGAAGAGGAGGACUUCCUCUAUGGGGAUAAAGCCCCUGCAGCGGCUGAGAAGGAGCGCUAUGAGAAACCUGGGCGGUCAGACAGGUACAGGGAUAACAGGAGGUCCAGCUCAGCCAGAGCACCGGUGGAGGAGACCAGGGAGCAGGAGAGUCAGGACAAGACGCAGCACUUCGACAAGAUCAAGAGCCUGCUCCAGGCCAUCGGCCUGAACCUGGACACCUCGGAGGUCACCAAGCUGGCAGACAGGACCCAGGAGCGCCUCUACGGGACAAAGUCAUCCAAACACUCAUCCGAUUCCUCAGAGAGAGAGACGAAGCACUCAUCUAGGCGGGGAGAUCGGCAUCGGAGCCGCACCACCGACUCCUCUGAUUCCAAACGCCUCCUGUCAGCCUCGCUGUCCAGGUCUUCCCAGCAGGAGGUGUACCUCAGCCCCCAAUACACCUCGGAAUAUGGAGGGUUCCUUGACCCGGAAGAGGAGGCGGCCUUAGAGAAGGCCAGGCAGAUGCAGAGCCUCACCAGGACAGUGAGCGUCUCGCCCCCCACCCCCUCCUCACAGCCUGGCACCUCCUAUUCCACCACACAGUGGAACUGCCCUGAGAAGACACAACCCAUCGCGCCUAAGAGUUGGCCUAGCAAGGGUUGUAGUACCAACUAUCUCUCAUCACUGCCGCCCGGUUCCUCAGGUCCCCCCCAACAGAUUUCCCCGGUCCCGUCCAUGACAAACAUACCUGAUGUUCCAGCUGGUCAACAAGAAGCUGGGGUGUAUACUUUUACAUCACCUGUGGCACAAUCCCCUGACCUACUCACCGCCUUGCCCUCCACUUAUUAUGGGCAGCCUAGUGCCCCCAUGAUACUGUUUGCAAAGACUCAGUUCACACAACAAGUGGAUAUAUUGAAUCAAGUGACUAUAUCGAAUCCUACAAGGGAUGCCUUUAGUCAAAUCCUCCAAGUCACCAACCGGUCUAGAUGCCUCAAGGUAAUUGAAACAGUCAAAAGUGGGUCUGGUGCACAGCAGGAUUCGCCAAGACAAAAUAUCACCAUACCUCUCCAGAUCAAAACACAAAGUCCCGAUUCUGCAUCUGGACAGCUCUCUCCUCCCCCUCAAACACCAGAGACUCAGAGUCCACCAGUGACGGAAGACGAUAUCAAGGCCAAACAGAAGAAAAGGGUAUGUUGUGUUUUUUUCAUUCCAUGUGUAGAAAUUAGAAAACAUUUUACGUGUCUGAUUGUGUUACAUUUGUGUAUGACACCUUAAGUCCUUGGUGUUGUUUACAUUUGAAUUACAGUAUAGGCCUAUUUAAAGCUUUUUGGGUAGGUAUAUUGUGUGAAAUUGUAAAUUCCUGAUAAGUGCACUUGGGAAAAGUGCAGUGUGUACAGAAUACUUGUAGUCCCAAUUCUAUUCAAUUGCUUCUGAUAACUUAAUGUUCUGGUUUUAGUGCACGCUGGCAAGUCAGUCCCAAUCUGCUUCAUUUAGGAGUUGACUGUAUUUACAUUGGAAAGACAAUGUGUGUGUGUCUCCAUUUGUCACUGUUUUGUAGCUGGAGCAGUUUAACAUGCGGAUGAGACUGAAGAAUCAGGAGAGGAAGAACGAUACUCGUGACACUAGGAAGAACACAGCAGGUACCAGAUAACCCUUAGAGUAAGGUGGAAAUGUGGCAAUAUGGCCAGCCACAAAUUGUAGCCUAGGUUAAGAUUAGGUGAUGCCAGAACAAGUCUGGAGCUUUAGAUACUAGGCACUAAACACAAAUGAAAGUAUAGGAUGAGGUGGUACCAUAGGUGUCAAGAGCCAGCUAUGGAGGGAACACUGAUGGGUUUGAGUCUUCACUUAGACAGGUUUAAUGUAGGUUUUACUUGCUGUUAUUCCAGCCAUAGGUAAUCCGGUUUAAGGGAUAUCUUAGAUAGCUUUAGCAUUGAUAUUUUCCUAGAUGUAAAUAUUCUGUUUUUAUUCUUGUGUUAGGGCUUGGUCUCGCUCAGAAAGUUUAGAAAAUGUUUUUAGUGUUCCUAUAUAUUUGCUUUGAAAGCCCUGGCCCUGUAACAAUUUACCAGCUUGGUGCUUGUCUUAAAAUUGUGUAAUGCAAGUAUGUCCUAGUAGGGAAGUGCUCAUGCUCGGUUUAUGCUCACAAAGAAAUGUAUAUAAAAAAGAAUGUUUUAUUUAUUGUCCACUGUGCAUGCAAUACAAUUUAUGAACAUGGUGGUCUUCAAGUGCUUUUGCACAGACAAACUAAUAACAAUAGAAACAAUAGACCGACAUAGACUCCCAUGUUCCUUUCAUCUGGACUGGAGUUGCUCUAAAGACAAUGUUAGCUAGCUUUAACAUGUAAUGUUUUCUCCAACAGAUAAAGGUAAGUAUUUUAGCAGAGUUUGCAUCAAUAGGUAUUCAGCUGUUGAAUUGCAUUAUUGUUUAUGUAGUACAGAAACAGGGAUUAGGGGAGCUGUAGGAAGGCCGCAAUAGUGUUAGGACUUUUUGACCAUUUUAGAAUUACUGUAAGUUUCUUGAUUAGGGUAUCUCUACUGCUAGGGAGAAUUGUACCUGAAUGGGGGACUUGUUAGUGUUGUUUUCACUCCAAAACAGGGAUCGACAUUGUCACUGCUGUCAAUCUGACUACUAGCUAGGGCCUGCAUAAUGAGGGUGUGGUCUGGAAGUACUACACGAACAAGAUCAAGCUAGGUCAGUUAGUGUAUAAGGUGUCUUUAGUGUCAAAUAUUUCUCAUACCUCAGUUCAUUAGGAGAGUUCUGUUAUAGCACUAGACUAAGUUAACUAACUGCAGGAGGACAUAGUAUUGAGUGUCAGCUCCAUCAGUUCUGGGCCAGGUGGAAGAAAGUCCCAAGAGCUGGAGUAGAGGUCAAUCCUCGCAGUAACGUCAACCUAGCAGAGCCCCUGUGAAGCUAACCCAUACAUGUACACUGUCUCAUUAUUGCGUUUUUACAGGAAAAGUUCCCAAAGUUACCUUUGCCAAAACUGAGCCUAGGAACGUGUGGAUCUGUGGCCACUCGCUUAUAUAUUGGGCAGAGAUGAGGGCCAAGUCGCCUGAGAUUGGCAUGCAGUUGGGCAUGGACCCCAGCAGUGUGCGGUUGUGGUGGAAGGGCACACAGGGCAUGACGUGGGCCCAGCUGCUGCCCCAUUUAGACCAGCUGAAGAUCAAGUGGCCCAAACCGGACGUGGUCAUCCUGCACCUGGGUGGGAACGAUCUGGGAACCCACAGCCCUGAGGCCCUUAUGUUGUCUGUGAAGAAAGACCUGACCUCCAUGAGGAGCAUUUUCCCACAAUGCCUGUUAGUCUGGUCUGACAUCUUGCCCCGGAUGUCCUGGAGGCAAACGGAGGACAGCGAAGCAGUGGACAAUGUUAGGGCCGCCAUCAACAGAAGAGUUCACACCAUCAUCGCUGAGCUAGGUGGCACCGCCCUGACCCAUGAAAACAUCACGUGUGGCUCAGAUGCAGGCCUGUACAGGCCAGACGGGGUUCAUCUGUCUGGUAAAGGUAUUGAUACUUUCAACUUGAACCUGCAGGACUUUUUGGAGAAGUGGGAGACCGAGGCAAGCGAUGUUCCUGAGAUGACUUAA